AUGCUCAGAGCAAAACCGCUUUCUUUACGAUCUUUUUACUCGAAAGUCGUGAGCAGUAAUGAGAAUCAUCAAGUCUCUAAACUAGCCAAUGGGUUACGUGUAGCCACCAGCAAUGUUCCAGGCCAUUUUUCAGCGCUGGGACUAUACGUGGGAGCUGGUUCCCGUUACGAAACGCUGAAAACCAAAGGGUGCACUCAUAUAACGGAUCGGUUGGCUUUUAAAUCAACACAGCAUAUGUCUGGACGGGAGAUGGCCGAGACUUUAGAGCUUUUGGGCGGAAAUUACCAAUGUUCCAGCUCUCGUGAAACAAUGAUGUAUCAGGCCUCAGUCUUCAACAACGAUGUGGAAAAAAUGUUUGCAUUGAUGGCGGAAACUGUAAGAUUUCCACGCAUCACAGCAGAAGAACUCGAAGAACAAAAACUAACGGCACAGUAUGAGAUUGACGAGGUUUGGAAUAAACCCGAGUUGAUUUUACCCGAGCUGUUGCAUGUCACAGCGUAUUCGGGCGAAACUUUAGGGUCCCCUCUUCUUUGCCCCAAAGAGCUCAUCCCAUCGAUCUCAAAUUACUAUUUGAAAGACUACAGACAAAAACUAUACACACCGGACAAUAUUGUCGCUGCAUUUGUCGGAGUCCCUCAUGAACAAGCUCUAGCUUACGCCCAGAAACAUUUUGAGAGUAUGAUGGCUCCCGCUGGUCAUAGUGCUCGGGAAACGAAGGCAGCAACUUACACCGGUGGUGAACUGUGCAUUCCCCCUGUGCCCGUUUUCGGAAACCUACCAGAGCUAUGUCAUAUUCAAGUAGGCUUCGAGGGCUUACCGAUAGGACAUCCAGAUAUAUAUGCUCUUGCCACUUUACAGACUUUACUGGGAGGUGGGGGUUCUUUCAGCGCCGGCGGACCAGGGAAGGGAAUGUACUCCCGUCUCUACACUCAUGUCUUGAACCAGCAUUUUUUCAUUGAAAAUUGUGUGGCAUUCAAUCAUUCUUAUUCAGAUUCUGGAAUUUUCGGAAUCUCCGCAUCGUGUGUCCCACAAGCGGCACCAUAUAUGCCUGAAAUUCUUGCCCAACAAAUGGCCAACACUUUCUCGACCGGCAAGCUAAGACUGACCGAAGAAGAGGUAUCCCGAGCCAAAAAUCAGCUCAAGUCAUCUCUAUUGAUGAAUUUGGAAUCGAAGCUUGUAGAGCUUGAAGAUUUGGGAAGGCAAGUACAAAUUCAUGACCGCAAAAUUCCAAUAGGUGAAAUGAUCUCAAGUAUUGAGAAGCUCACGGUGGAAGAUAUCAGGAGAACGGCUGAAAACGUCUUCUGUGGCAAGAUUCAGAACGAAGGGCAGGGAACCGGUAAGGCGACUAUUGUUAUGCAGGGAGACAGAGAAGCAUUUGGCGAUGUCGAGACAGUGUUGAGGUUUUACGGCUUGGGAAACUACGAAAAACUCGAUGUUUCUACUUUCAAAAAAUCCAAAAAAAAAGGUUGGUUUUGA